UGGAACCAGCCAUUUGAGAGGUCUCUGGCUUGGUUCCUGAGCCUGGUGAGGACUGUGGAAACCUCACAGACAUCAGAUGCCAGUCAGGGCCUGUAUCCCGCUGGCCCCUGCCAGCAAGAGGUGGAGCCACCAUCUUGACUUCACCUCCUGACUCGACCUCUGAUGCAUAUUUUAUUCUACAGUUCAGAAUGGGGUGGCUACCGUUGCCCACUAAGCCUAAAAUGUCAUGGCAGCACGUCAUUAGCUUCGCUCCGCUCAACACCAAGCCUAAGGACUUGUAGUUCCUGGCAGUCGCUGUUGAAAAUGUGAAUGUCUAUCUUUGCGGGUUCCAUCUACCGGUCUGAUUUACAAUUUCAGAGUCACCAAAAUGAGAAGGAAAGACAAAAUACUGUUUCUGAAGCAUUUCCUAUGCAUCUUCAAUGGCACUUUCUUGAUUCUCGGACUUUUGGUCGCUGGAUUUGGAAUAUGGCUUCUAUUAGAUCGAGGCAAUUUGGUCAACGUUCUAUUUUCCACAGGUAAGCAUAGCUGUUUGAUAGCAAAGAUUUCCCGAGUACUGAUUGGCACUGGAUCUGCCAUUGUUCUUGCCGCUUUCUUGGGUUACCUGGCGAUCCUCAGAGAAAUAAAAUGUUUUGUCAUUUUGUAUGUGGUGUUUGUAAUUCUGGCCUGUGGGCUACAGAUUGGAUUGUCUGGACUCAUCUUCAUCAAAAAAGAAGAGGUUAAACAUAUAAUGUACGAUUCAUUUGAUUCCAUGAUCACUGACUAUGGAUCUAAAGAUCUGCCUCAAGACAGAUUCAAGUGGGAUAUUCUGAAUAUGGUGCAGAACACUUUUACAUGCUGUGGCAGAAGCGGUUCUAAGGAUUGGCAAAAGAAUAAAAACAAAGAGAAUGCAAAUCAAAUUCCAUGUUCAUGCAUGAAGCUGAGAGAAAACACUACUGAAAGAAAAUGGUUUUGUGACGCCCUAAAGAAUGCAACUCACACAAAGGGAUGUGAAGAGGAUAUCAAUAUAUGGUUUGAAUACAACACGUUAACCUUGAUUGGAAUUAAUUUUGGACUACUAACUUCAGAGAUUUUUCUGCUUGUAUUAUCUUUGAGCUUCUUCCGGAAUAUCAAGAAUAAAAUUUAUGCAGAAAAAAACUAUGGCAUGUAAAGAA